AUGGCAAUCCAAUCGACUCUCGACUCCAUCACCUCCAACCCUAUCUCGUCACUCAGAACCCUCAUUUCCGAGUCCCUCCUCAACCCUCUCCUCACGGGCUCUCUACUGCUCUACAUCCGCCGCAACCCAUCACUCCUACACAACCUCCCCUGGCCACCCGCAAUGACCACCAUCAAGCUACUCCCCAUCCACCUGCCCCUAGGAAUCCCCAACAGCAUCACCCUCCGCACAACACCGCCGCUCAAGACGCUAAAGUACCUCUUCGCGAUCGGGCUGGUCGUGCAGGUCAACCGGAUCCUGAACCGCUUGGCCCUGAACUACUGGCACGUCCGGAAACAAGGUGAGGCGUGGGACUUUGCGGGAGAAGGCAAGGAGACUAUCCUGGUGACGGGCGGGUGUUCGGGCUUCGGGAGGGAGAUGGUCAAGAUGUUCGCCGCGGGGACGAGGGCGAAUAUCGUCGUGUUGGAUGUGCAGGAGUUGCCCGACGAUAUCAAGGAUCUCCCCCGUCUCUCCUACUUUCAAGCGGACCUGACCUCCCCAUCCUCCAUCACCUCCGCCGUGGACCUCAUCUGCCGCGACCCGUCUCAGACGCCGACGGUGCUCAUCAACAACGCGGGGAUCGCGCAGGCGCACACGAUCCUGGAGACGACCGACGCCUGGCUCGACAAGAUCUUCCGCGUCAACCUGCUCAGCCACUUCACGCUGAUCCGUUUGCUGUUGCCGAAGAUGAUGGCGCGGCGGAAGGGGCAUAUUGUGAGCAUUGCGAGUAUGGCAAGCUACACGGGCACGGCCUCGCUGGGCGACUACAGCGCGACCAAAGCCGGCGUGCUCUCCCUGCACGAGUCGCUGGUCGCCGAACUGGCCACCCGCCACGCCUCGCAGGGCGGCCACUGCAUCCAAGCCUCGAUCGUGCACCCGAUGUGGGCGCGCACGCCCCUGGUCGGCUCGUGGGAGAAGGAACUGGCCCGCUCCCGCGCCCCAGUCCUCGAGCCCACCGAGGUCGCUUCUCGAGUCGUCGCGCAGGUCCUGCGCGCGCGGAGCGGGAGCGUCUUUGUGCCCGAGAAGUUCUGGGUCGGGGCCUUGUUGAGGGCCAUGCCGGACUGGGUUGGUGUCAAGUCCAGGAUCGAUACUGCAAACGCCACCGCGAGGGCUUCCUAG